GUGGAAGCACACUCCCGGCAAUUCAACAGAAACCCCACUAUAAAAUGUUCCCCGAACCUUUUACAGAGUACGAGAAUACUAAAUUAGUUAUAAGCUCUCGAAAAUAAGAAGCAAUUCAACCACAAGAGACGAUUUAUCUUGAAUCCCAGUCCGCCAAAACAUUUACAGAACCGAAUUGAAAGCCGAAGGUUAAUUACUAGAAGAGCACACGAGUAUUGGGCCAUGCGAUGCAGUAACGGGUGGAAAAGAAAAGAAAAAAAGACAAAACAAAAAAAAGCAAUAAAGUCAUGGCCUCGUCAACACAACAAACCCUUCUUUCACCUGCCGAGCUCGCCUACCUCCACGCAUCGCUCUCCCUCACACCUCCGAUCCGACCCGAUGGACGCAGACCGACGCAGUUCAGGCCCAUGACGGCCGAGACGGGCAUUCUUCCCGGAACCAACGGCAGCGCGCGCGUAUGUUUCUCGGACGGUACCGAGGCCAUCGUCGGUGUCAAAGCCGAGCUCGAGAAGACGGCCGAUCCGUUCGGACGACGACGCGGCACCGACGGAGAGCUGGGUGUCAGGAUACGACGGGGCGGCGGUGAAGAUGAAGAAGAAGGCGGUGCGGGAAGCGAAAACACGACGGGGGAAGGGCGGAACGAAUGGCUCGAGAUGACGGUGGAGAUCCCUGGGUUGCGGGACGACGAUGCGAGCACCAUCUUCCUGGCGAGAAUGCUCAGCGAGGCUUUGCUCGCGGAUGGAGAGUUUGCGAAGAAGUUGUAUAUCAACCGCCGAUUUCACUGGAAGCUCUAUCUUGACAUCCUCCUCAUCUCCCCCCCGCUAUCGUACCCGCUUCCUCUCCUCUCUCUUACCACCCACCUUGCGCUUCUGGCCACCCGCGUCCCCCGCCUCAAAUCGGAAGGGGACGAGGAUCCCAUGUUCGACGACGACUGGCAGGCCGCUCCAUACCUUUACCCGCGGGACCCUCGCAACGGGAGCCGCGGCGACGCCAUAUCCUCCCGCCCGCCCAUCACUCUCCUCGUCAUCGCCGUGGGGGGGAACAUCAUCUUCGAUCCGGCCAAGGAGGAACUCGCCGUGGCCGAGUCGGCGCUCGCCGUCUCGGUAGGGGAGGCCGGCCGCAUGCAGGGCGAAUCCGGUGGUGCCGGGGGCGACGGAAUGGACGUCGACGCGGAAGGCGGCGGGCGCAGGGAGAGGGAGCUCAGGCUGCUUUCGGUGCGCACGAUCGACCCGCCUUCGAGGCUUACGCCGCCUGGGGUGCCGAAUUCGGAGAACCCCGGUACGAAUGUCAGUGCCCCCGGCAAGACCGCCGCGAGUGCCGUUUCUGCCCCGUCCGCUGCGGCGAACGGGCAUGGCGCGCAGGAGGGAGUGUGGAGACCGCCGUUGGGCGGGACCAAGUUGGCUGUGCUGCAGAGCAUGAUCGCAAAGGUCCUGGAGAAGGGCGGGGUGGCGGAUGAGGUGCUCGACGGACUGGAAGGGGUUGACAUAGGUUAGACAUGUGGAAAGUCCUUUCCUCUUUUUAUGCUGGAUGGAUGUCAGGGAAAAUCUCGACAGCGGAGGCCGACAAGGGCAAUUGGAGAAAGAGGAAUCUAGUCGUAGUCACGAUGACCUCUCUGCAUAACAUAAGAGGAGUUGGGCUGGCCCAGACAUGUAUGUCAUUCUAUGCAGGGUACAUGGUAUUCUACAGAAUAUGGACAUUGAAGAUUGUCUUCCUAAAAGAUCCCCAGCC